AUGGUGUUCUAUUCAAAGAAUUACGUAUUUCCAUUACUAUUAACUGAUGAGUUAAAGGAUCAAAUUACACUCAAGACUCGUGAAAAGCUUACGGAAAUGUUAGGUGUUGAAGUAGACAACGUGAUGGCGGAAUACGUGAUCGUGAUGGUCGGCAACAAGAAGAACAUGGAACAGAUUGCUCAUGACCUCGUGGAUUUUAUUGGAGAAGAAUCAGCUGAACAAUUUGUAGCAUGGCUCAGUCAAUUGCUGCCAACAUUUGAAGUGAGAGCGCCAGUCGUGGAUAUGUCGUCUCAGGAAAAUAAUGACACUGAAUGUCCGACCAAGGACAAGACAUUGCAGUCUCAAGCUCAAGAUAGAGCUCAGAAUUUAGGAGACGAGAAGGAGGAGACGAAACGUGUUGUUAGCUUAAAAGGGCUCUCGAAGACGUCGUCUGAGCCAGUUCAGAAAAAGGUUGUGUCGCUCGGCAGCAAUCGAGGCACGAUUAGGUCGCUCAACCCGUCAAAGACUGACAUGGACGACGUUAUUGCGCGACGUGCUCAGCGUUUUGGCGUCAUAGAGAAACCAGCACCGAAGAAAGUUUCUCAUCAAACAUCAUCAACGAGAGACGAUAACCAUUAUCAGCGAGAUGAGAUGGGAACGAUAGGAAACAAGCGACGAAUAAAUGAGCGGGAAAGCAGCAGUCGGUUGUCAAAGCGACUGGGCCCACCUGUUAAUGUUGACCAAGCCGAAUUAGACGCACGUGCCACUUUGGGUUCGCAGAAGAAGCGACGCGGAGACCGUGGCCGCAGUGAUGAGAAUCAACAUAGUGGAGCACGUGACAACCGGAGAAAUGACCGAGACCGAGACCAAGAUAUGGUGGAUGGGGGACGCAGUGGCAAGCGGAGAAGUAAAGGCUCUCGUGAUGUGGCGCCGCCAUUGCCACCAUCAGACGAGAAAGGUGACUACAAGGACAAGCAGGGAUUUGGACAAGGAAUGGGCCCGCCGAUGGGGUUUCAGGGCGGCCCGAUGGGAUAUGGAGGCUACCCACCGCCGUUCGGAGGCCCUAUGUUCUAUCCUUCGCCAGGUUACGGUCCCAUGAAUCCGUACGCGAUGGGUUUUCCACCACAAGGCAUGCCGCCGUAUGGUGGCCGCGGCUACCCUCGGUCGGCCGUGGUUGACAUGCAAACUUGCCCACGAGGGCCGCGACCAUUCCAGAAUCGCAAGUGGGUGAACCCGAACGUGGUCAAAGCAGAGGAAGCAAAAGCUAACGAAGGCAAAUCAGGACCAGAUGCAACUGGAUGCAAGCCAAAUGGCGAAUUACAAAACGCCGACUUGAUCGCUGGUGCGCCAGCCUUUGCGCCACGCAACCCAUACUAUUCAUCGCAGAUGCGUCCACGCUUUCAGAACAAGACCUGGAUGCGACAGGACCCUGCUAAGGACGAGGAGCUGAACUCGAGUUUGCCAAAGACCCCACCCAAGGAGUUAUUGGAGAGCAUGGAGUAG